AACCGAUAAAUAAAACUGUGAAAAAAAAUUUAAGAUUAAUCGAGCUAUUUCAUCAAUUCAAAUUUGAAUUAACGGAUAAAAUGAACUGUUUUUAUCAUAUUUUAUUAAUUUUCACUCCAUUACUAAUUUUUGGAAACGCCUACAGAAUUCUGUUUAUUUGUCCCUUUAAUUCACCUAGUCACAAUAUUUUUUUGGAAGGCGUUUCGAAAGGAUUAGCUAAACGGGGUCAUCAAAUCGAUGCCAUUUCCCACUUUAAACCGAAAAAUCCUCCAAAAAGUUACAAAACAUUCAUCGAUUUAAAUGGUACGAUGGCAAAUAUAAAAAAUAAUUUUACAUUUCAAUUCGCCUCUCACAUAGGACAAAAUAUAGUUCCAAUCAUUGCCGAUGUAGGUGGAAGAGAUACUUGCGAACUUAUGGGACUCAAUGAAAUGCAGAUGUUAAUAAAGAAUCUAUCAAACCAUCAUUCCUAUGAUUUAAUUAUUACCGAGGCAUUUGGAUCAAACUGUUACAUGGGUCUUAACUAUGUUUUUAAAAUACCUAUAAUAACCGUUUCAACAAGUUUAGAAUAUUCUUGGAUUUCUCCAGGAGUCGGUAAUCCAGAUUCAACGGCUUUUGCUCCAAAUGUUUUGAUGGAUUCUGCCGAAAUAUCGACAUUUUGGGAACGAUUGAAAAACACAUUAGUGACGCAAUUUAGUAGAAAUCAAUUCUACAGGUACACAUACAGCGUACAAACAAAUGUGAUGAGAAAAUAUUUGAGUUCGGAAAUUCCAGAUAUUAGGGAAAUCGAGCGGACUGUAGCAUUAACUUUUGUCAAUUCUUUCUAUACUCUGUUUGGCAUUAGAAUCAGAACACCGGCUCUUGUUGACAUUGCUGGAGUUCACAUUGAAGAGAACGACGAAAAAUUAUCUCGCGAUCUUCUAAAAUGGAUGGAUGAGAGUAAAGAUGGCGUGGUAUAUUUCACAAUGGGAUCGAUGGUUUUGAUCGAGACACUCCCGAAAGAAACACUUUUGGCAUUUUAUGCGUCUUUUGAAAAAUUAUCACCCAUUAGGGUUCUUAUGAAAAUUGUAAAUCCAGAAAAAUUACCACCGGGUCUGCCAAAAAAUGUCCUGGCCAUGAAAUGGAUUCCACAAAUUCCAAUUUUACAACAUAACAAUACAAAAUUAUUUAUUACACAUGGAGGUUUAUUAGGCGUGCAGGAGGCUCUUUAUCAUGGGGUUCCAAUAAUUGGAAUGCCGAUAUAUGCAGAUCAAUUUUUCAACAUUCGUAUUCUCGUUAAAAAGAACAUGGCUGUUCGUUUAGAUUACAAAAAAAUUACAAGUCAUUCUUUGAAUAAUGCACUGAAUCUUGUUCUUUAUAAUCCACUAUACAGGAAAUCAGCUAAAUAUGAAUCGCAAUUAUUUCGAGAUAGGCCAAUGAGUGCAGGCGAUACGGUGGAUUUUUGGGUCCGAUAUAUCAUUAGAAAUGGAGAAAAUGCUUUAAAAUCACCAGCAGUUAAUUUAUAUUGGUGGCAAAUUGAACUUCUAGAUGUUUAUGCUUUUAUUUUAAUCUCUAUUAUAAUGACUAUUUAUUUAGUUAUCUUAAUUUUUAAAUUUAUUCCACGAGUGUUGUGCAAAAAUUCGAAAAAAUUAACAGUUCAUAAGAAAAAUUAGUUAAGUUAUGA